AUGGACCAAGAUGUUCGGAUGCCGAGCGUCGAGCGGUUAGAGGGCUCCUGUCUCGUACAGGAAGAGCGUCAGCCGUGCAUGACAUCCGAAAAGGAGGCUCGUGAACAGAUCUCGGCGCCUUUCGGUCUUUUACCUCGCAGUGUGAUUGAGCAGAUUCUAUACAUUGUUGAUGCCAACACUUUCGCGAGUCUUGCCUUGCUCAAUCGAAAAUGGAGGCGCAUCUCGGACUGUGCCGCACUGUAUGCGCAUCACUUGUCUCGAUGUCCAUCAUUCUCCAUGAUGCGAGAAUCUGUCUCCAGUACGGCUAAUCCGGAAAACUUGGCAUACCUCAAACGCCGAUUUCUAUCAGAGGUCAGGCGAAAUGCGUUCGAGGUCUUUCUCAGACCUCGUCAAACUCUGAUCAAACUCAUCUCAACCUCCAUGAGCUCUUCAACAGCUUUCCCGCAGGGCGAGGCUUUUCGUUUUGCUUUCUCGCCAAAUGCUCAGAUGAUUCUUUGCAUCAGUUCUUCAAGGAUUGUUGUCCUCGACGUAACUUCUGAUUCCGCGGCCGUAAAGCACGAGCUCAAAACUUGGAGACGCCCCCUCAACGCCACCAUUCUCGAUGAUGGUUCCCUCCUUGCAGUUGUCUCAUCUGAUCACCAAAUCAAUAUCUAUAGUCUAACAAACGAAGAAGCUUCACUGAUCCAAGAUCUCAAGUUGACAGAAGUUCCCCGUGCUCUGGCGCUUUCCCCCAGCGGAGGUGUCCUGGCAGUCGCCUACAGUGACAAAAUCGAAAUGUACGCUAUCAGAGAGGGAGCUCUCGUCACUGAACGCAGAGCCGUACGCUGCGAUGGGGUCGACGCAAUCUCGUUCUCUUCUGACGGCGUCAUGCUGAUUGGCUCUUCUGCUGACAGCGUCAGUAGCAGCCUGGUCACUAUAACAGUGCCCUUCUACACUGACCCAGACACCGAAUCAUCCCCGAGAGAGGUCCAAGUUCGGAUGUGGACCACCCAGAUCCUCUUCCCAGACCUGAUACCUGGUUACAGCCACGCCUGCUUACUACCGCUUCAUGCAGAGGGCGAGGGCAGCUGGAUUCUGGGGUAUGACCGCCGGAUCCGAGCUUUCAGAACGUUUGGGGUUACCAAUGCAAACUCCGGAACGACGUAUUUUGUGGGACCCAUCUCCACCAACACACUACAGGAGGCAUUACCGACAAUGCUUCCUUCCGCUGACGGCCAAGGCGAGCUCGUUGCGUUGGGAUUCCAAGAUUCCGGCCUUUGGGUGUACGGGGUACCGAGUCGACUUGAUAUUGCUAGUUCGACUGGAGAAACGCAAGCCACACCUAACGCCCCUCAAGACCAUCCGAUGAGGAAUUUGGGCAGUCUGCCGCAUAAUAAUGCCCUCCGAUUGGAGUGGGCGAUCGACAAGCCCAAAACAAUAGUCAGUGGACACAAGAUGAGCGACAUGCCCGGAAUGACCGCAGCCCGCUGGGUUCGGUACGCACACUCUAUGUUCGGACAACGUCGGCUGGUGGCAGUGGCACCUGGUGGCGUCAGCCCCCCUACGAUUGGCGAUGAAGAUGUCCCAGUUGACGGUGGAAGAGUCCUUCUCUUGGACUUUGAGCGGUCUACAACCAACGGACAAAUCACCGAGGUCAGUAUUGAGAUUGGAGAAGCAGAGCCGAAACUACUGAGCGAGCCAAAUUCGAGUUUGGAUACCGAAGUGGAGUUGGAAAGGAGGCGGACCCUCCUGCAUCACAGUGAUGCCGCGUCUCAACGAGUAAGAGCUGCUGCUCAAGAGACCCGCACGUCUGUAAGUCGUGAUAACCACCAUAUAUUGUCAUUCAGUCCUCGAAGGCAUAGUUCCUUCUUCUCCAGCUCCUCAAAUGAUAACGAAACCCCCCCAAUACCUGAUUCUCCCUACGACAACACGCAACCACGAUCUCAAGACACAUUGCGUCGUGCUGCUACGGCUGCAUCAUCGAGUCGUGGGCGAUACAACCCUUUGUAUCGCGAUCGAUGGAGUCGAAUACAGAAUGAAAGGCAAAUACCGCAGGUGCCCGAGGUGUUUCAGGUCCCUCACGAAAGUGAUGCCGAUAACUGGGUCCCACCACCCCCUCCUUACUCCAGUGAGCCCGACGCGCCGCUCCCGGAGUAUCUUAGGAGGACUCUUCUUCCCACGAGAACGGAACCGUCUUUGAGAAUUGGCGCCACACCUACCUCAGUCCGGCGAUCGCAAACUACUCGUUGGGAUCACGUGUCCCAGGAAGGAAUUUCUGCAACUCCUCCGCAGAGGCUGAACACCGUCACUGGCUCACUAUGGGCCCGGAGAAGGAGGGAUUCCGAAACCGGUCAUCAAAGAUUACGACCAGAUGACAUUUUUCGAAGGAGAGACCCUUCUGCCAGCUGUUCACGUCAAACUGGAUUCCCAGAAGCACGUCCCCGUUCACCUACCAAUGUUGAGGAGCCAUCAGCAGGAGUAGAUGGUGCUCACACCCCAACCCAUUCACCCCUUCCAAUGAGUCCUACGCCGGCCCCGGUGCAAGCGCGACCUGCGAUUGACCAGCCCUUUCUGGAUCAUGACUGGCAGUUCGAUGCAUCUGCAGCUCUUGCCAUACCCCAGGGAAUGAAUCAUUAUCCAUUUUCGGUCUCGUCUCCCAACCUGCAAGUUUCAGGUUCUGAAUUCAUUGAUCCAGCAACUGUGCGAAGUAGCAGCCGACUACAUAGUAUCCACAGAUCGGCAACUCGACGCUCACAAUCUCAUGACAUCCGGUUGCCAUCCACAGGAAUCCAGCCUCUCAAUCGCCGAGUAUCCACAGAUCCUACCCUCUCGUCCACAUCAGCGAAUGAGCUAUGGCGAAGACGUAUAGAAGAGUGGAAUGAACAAACAAUCUACGAAAGGAGCAAAAGGCGAUCUAGAUGUACUGUGAUGUAG